GCGCAUUUGAGUCAUUAAAUGGUUCGAUCACAACACAAAAAGAAGUGAAAGUAAACAAGAAACUUAAUUUAUAAUAAUUCUUUAAAGAGAAAAACAAAUAUGAUGGAUUUUUAAUUUAUUCAGAUAAUGAAAAUGUUAAAAAAGGCAAAAAAACUUAAAUCUGAACCAGUGGAACUGGAUGAUGUAAAAAUUGAACUUGAUUCAAUUAUAAAAGUUGAUCCCGAUUCGAGUCCAUCUUAUGAAUCACAUUAUAUAAAAGAAGAUCCUUUCAUUGAUCUUUCGUCCGAUUUAGAAAAUAAUGAAAUUAAUUUAAACUUCAAAAAAUUUAAUGAGGAAAUAGACUUAAAUGACAAUGAUGAUUCAUUAAAUCAACUUGAAGAAAAUGCAAAUAGAGAAGAACCAUCAACGGCAAGUGAAUCGAGUUCGCCAAAAAAGAGAAAAAAAAUGUCACGCGCUGAAGAAUCGGCAUUGAGACAACAAAAAUUGAUAACAAAUCAUCCUGUACGAAAAGGUUGUGAUACUUGUCGUUUAAAAUGUAAUAUUAGAAUAACACCAGAAAUGCGUGACAAAACAAAUAAAGAAUUUUGGAGUUUAAUUGGCCUGGUGAGAAGACGAUCAUUUAUAUUAAAUCUUGUAAAACGAUGUGAAAUUAAAAGACGUACUGUUGAUGUUAAACAUAAAAAACGAAAUAACGUCUUUAUGUAUUAUGUCAAAGAUAAUAAUGGUAAAGAGCAACAGGUAUGUAAAACAUUUUUUCUCACCACAUUGGGAUUUAAACCAUCAAAUGAUAGUAUUAUUCUGAAUACAAUGCACAAUUUUAAUAAAGAAACACUUGAGCCAAAAAUGGAUAUGCGUGGUAAAAUUAAAAAUCCUGAUAAAAUGGAAUCGCGAAGAAAAGCAAUACAGGAACAUAUUUUAAGUUUAUAUCCAUGUGUUCCACAUUUUCAAAGAGAUGAUGAUCUUCCAAUUAAACGUUAUCUUUCCAAUGAUUUAACAGUUAAAGAUAUGCACGGUGAUUUCCUUAGAAAAUAUUCUGAAGAAGGUGGUGUAUGUUCUUAUGAUUUAUAUCGAAAUUUAUUGAUUGAAAUGAAUAUCUUAUUUGCAAAAGUUGGCAUUGACGAAUGCGAUUUAUGUGAUAUUUUCAAUAAACAUCAUUCGGAUCAUAAUAAAAAUCAUCUAUCUCCCGACUGUGAUAUUUGUGAAAAAUGGUCAAUUCACAUGAAACGUUAUUCUGAGGCAAAGGAUAAAUAUCAAAAUCUACUAUUGGAAAUUGCAUAUAAUCAAAAUUCAGCAUAUUUUACAACAGAUAUGCAAAAACCAUUAGUCUUACCAAAACUUGAAUCAUCAUUGAUAUUUACAAGAAGAUUAGUGACAUUUAAUAAAAGUUUUAUUCCCCUCGGUAAUAUUGAAAAUAAUGUACGACCAAUUGUUUUUCUUUGGCAUGAGGCAAUUGCCGGUCGACAAGAGGAAGAUAUAAUAAGUGUUUUUCAUCAAUUUUUUAUUGAAUGUCGGGAUAAAAAAAGAAUUGUCCUUUGGCUUGAUGAUUCAUAUCAUCAGAAUAAAAAUUGGAAAUUUCUCACAUUUCUUCUCUAUAUUGUUAAUUCAAAUGAUGUUGAAAUUGAAUGUGUGGAAAUUUAUUAUUUUGAAGCUGGACAUAAUCCAUCGACAGAAUCAUUUUUUCAUCAUAUUGAAGCGUCAUUGAAAAGAAAGGGGAAAAUUUAUGAUUUUAAAGAUUUUGAAAAUGCUGUUAGACAAGCGUGUUCAAGAAAUCCAUUAUUAAAAUCAUUAACACCAUGGGAUUUUCGUGAAUUUAAAGAUCUUUCAUCGCCACAAAAAUUAAAGACAUUAAUUUCAAAACCUCUAAUGAAUGAUAUUCGUUAUUUAACAGCAGUGCGAGGAAGUUAUAUACUUAAAUUUCGAAUGAAUUACGAUGAUAAUAUUGAAUUAGCGGAUUUGGAUUUUUUACAAAUGAAAAUAGCAAAAUUUGGAUUUUCUAGACCGGAAAUUGUUGGUGCUUAUCGUGGUAUUCCUAAUGAUAAAAAAAAGGAAAUUAUCGAAAAUCUUGUGAAGGAUAUGCCAAUGAGUAGACGUCAAUUUUGGUACGAUUUACCUGAAGGUGAUUUUCUAGAUCUUAUCGACAAUUAUAGUUAAAGAGGUAUUUGUUUCUUUUGUUAAUAUUUAUUUAUUCUCAAAUGUUAAAUUUUUUUGAAACUAAAAAGAAAUUUAUUUUUCCCUCUUUUAUAUUUUUCAUUUAAUUUUGAAAUUGUUUAAAAAAAAAGUUAACUCUUAAAAAAGUUAGCUCUGAAAAUGUUAAAAUUCUCUAUAAAAAGUUAAUUCUUUCUUUUUCUCAAAUAUAUUAUAAAAGUUCAUGAAUAUUAUAUAUAUAUAAAUAUUUAUAUAGGUAUAUUUUUCAAUAUGAAAAAAUAAAAAUACUCUAAAUAUUUUGUUACUAUUAAUAUUUUCAGUUUUUCAAAAAAAUGGAAAUUUUUUUUUUUUGCAAUGUAUAAAGCUGUAAAAAGUAGUUUUUAGAGAUACAUUUUUUAAGUCAAUAAAUAAUGAAUCGCUUUAUAUUCCACAUGAGAUUCUUUAUUUGAAAAAAAUAUUUUUUCCUAAUUAUAAUUAUUUAAUACUGUAAAAAAUUAAAAAUGAUUUACGAAUCAAAAAAAUUAAUUGCAGAAUUUUUUUUUUUUUGCACUGAAAGAAAAUAUUUAAUAAAUGCUUUUUAUUUGAAGUUAAUUCGAAGAAAACAAUUGAAUUUUUCUUCAGUUCUAAAUUAAAUGGAAAGAAAAUUAUUUUUUUUUUUUAUUAAAAACAUUUAUGCGAAAAAAAAUAAAAUAGCAUAAGGAUUUAAUAUGAAACUUGAUAAAAAUGUUGAUAUCGUGAAAAAAGCUUUGACAACAUUUUAUUUUUUAACCGCAGAAAAAAGCCAUGUACACUUUCACACGAGAUUGAUCGUAAUUUCGUUAUAAUAUAAUUAUGUCGAAAAUUUACAAUUAAUCAAACGUACAUACAUAAAUAUAAAGUCGACGGUAUUGCAUACGGGUUUGUUUUCUUUUUUUUUUUUUUAUUGUAAUGUAUGUGCCAAAAUGGUACAAAAAUUAUUUCGCAACACUCGAACAACUUAUUAAUACUCUGUGAUACAAUGGCGUGUGAUUUUUUUUUUUGGUUUGCUUUCAGUGAGAUUUGCUAAAAUUUUUGCAUUUCGACGUGCGUGUUUAGUUUUAUUUGGAGAGCAUUUUGAGAUAUUUUUUUCUUUUUUUUUUAGUUUUCAUUUUUUUUAUAUGUGAUUUGCAAUAUAUGUAUUUAAAGUCAAUAAUUAAAUACACGGCCGGAGCGGGUGGAAGGAACGAUUUUGGUGUUUUUUUGCGCUUCUAUAAAUCUACCUAAAUCUAAUAAUUUUGUAACUGCGAUGAGUUUUUUUUUUGGUAUUAUUUUUUUUCUCAAAAAUUUGUUUUUUUGCCAAUUUCUUUUUUUUUAAUUUCAUUUUUACAUAAUGAUAAUUUUGCAUUUACUUUCGUAUAAUAAUCAAUCGAUAUCUUUUGUUUAGAUUCUUAACAUACACAUAAAUAUAAUGUGUAUGAAAAGGAUAUUAACUUCACUUUCUGUCUUGAGGGGAAAAAGAGCAUUUCUUUUUUUUUUUUGCAUAAAUAUUUUUUUUUGGAAUCGUUCGAGAAAGAAGUUAACUCGUUAAAAUUGAAAUUGGAUCAACACUCCAUUCCAUUUUCAUACUUAUUAAUUAUAUAUAUAUAUUUUUUUUAUUUUUUUUUUUUUAAUUAUUGUAGAUCACAGACAACUUGUUCUUAAGUCAUAAAAACAGUUCAAUAUCCUUUCCCCGCGGGUAAGAAUGUAUCUGUUGUAUAGGCGUAUAUAUAUUAAUUUUAUACGCUCUUAUAUAAUUGGAUCAUAGUUCAAUAAACUCUAAGCACUCGGCGUAUAAAAAAUGUAUUAUAGGGCGAAUAGGUGGAUCAUGAUUUUUUUUUUGUGCAAUUAUGCUUGAUUUGAGAAUAAUUAUAAUAUUAACCGAAUUUUUUUUUUGACGAUGAAAAAAUAACAAUAAAUGAUCUAUUUCUCAAAGAAUAUCAUUUCUUUCAAUUGUUAUUUUAAUAUCUUCUUAUUUAUUGUUUAAAUUUGAUAAAUUUCUGCUGAAACAAUAAUUCGUUGAAUUAUUCCAAUUUUUUUUUACUAGAUUUACUAGAUAAUGCAAUUAAUUAAUUUAUUUAUUUAUUUAAUUAAUUUAUUCAUUUUUUUGUUUUCAGACAAAAAAAAAUUCAAAUUUUAUUCAUCCGUUAAUAAAUAUAUUAAUUUUUAAGAUAAAAUAUUGAGCAGAAUUGAAUUAUUAAACUGCGAUUAAAGAUAAAUUGUCUUAAAAAAAGAAGUAAUAAUAUUAAUAACAAUAAAUAGAAAUGGAGCACCGUUCAAAAGGCAGUGAACUUGUUUCAGCAUAUGAGAUUAAAGAAAAACAUUUUUUACCCGUUUUCACCGAUAUAACGAUUUUUAAUUUCAAAUUUAAUUUUUACUCUUAAAUUUAUUAUAAAAUAAAUUUUUUUUUUCCAAAUUAAAAAAACUUUUAAACAGCAUUGAUAAAGGGCUAUUUCAAAUUUAAGGUAACGGGCGAACACGAUUGGUAUUUAAAAGAAAUUUUUUUACACUGUGCCGAGCACUGUGCGAAAAUGUUUUUUUUUUUUUUUUUUUUAUAGAGAAAAUGAAUGAAGAUGAGAAAUAUUUUUUUUUAAAACGGUCCAUUGAAAAAAAAGAAUUCUAAAUUGAGGUGAAUUUUUUUUUUAUCCUUAAUUAUAUUAAUAUUAUUAUUUAUGUAUAAUGACAAAUGAGCGAGUGUAUACUGCAUUUUAGCAGCGAUGGCAUUUAUUUCUACUUUGCACGUGAAAAGAUGCGUCAUGAUCACACAGCAAGCUUAAGUAUUUAAUUACUUAAGUAAUAGUUUAACAGUAUUUCAAUAUGAAUUCUGUUUUUUUUCUCAAUAUAUAUUUUUUUUAUAUGAAUUCGCAAUUAUUUGAUAAAUAAUGCAACUCUUUUUCUUUUUUUUUAAUAUAAAGCUUGUUUUGAAUUUUAGUUAAAAAUUCAAUUACAUUUCGCAAUUUUUGAAUUCCAGGUCGUGCACAAUUUCUAUAUCAUUCAAAAAUUGAUCCCCAUCAUCUAAAAAAAUUUGAUUCUUUUAAUUUUUUUUUUUAUUCAAAAAAGAAUCUCAUUUAUCUUGAACGGACUUUUAUUUCCUAGACUUGGAAUUCAUUUCCUAGACUUGGAUUUUAUUUUUGUUAAUUUUUUUUUCCUAGACUUUGCGGAAUUCAUUUCCUAGACUUGGACUUUUUUUUUAAUUUUCUAUAUAGACGCAAAAGCCGACGUUUUUUUGCAUUAUUAUAUUAUAUCUUUUAUUUAGUUAAUAUAACUUUGGAUUUCACAAGAAGCUUUGUUUUAGGACACACGAAAUUUACGUUUCCUGGAUUAUUAGUUUUUUUUUUGUA